UGAUCGGACUUAUUUUGCUGUGACUCGGCCAUUGCAGAGUGUGCUUUACAAAAGCGUGGAUAACACUUGUUUAGUUUAAUGCAAUUGAAGUCUGUUUUUGUGACACCGAGGACAUGGCAUCGUGGAGCUACGGGGCCUGUUCCCUCUGUCAGCGGCUGGCGGCGGUGAAGAUGAUGAUCAGGACUGUGAGUGCAGCAGCUCAACCAAAGCCGAAGGCAGAUUUCCUGAAAGGAGAACCUCACAGGAAGCACCCAGGAGUGACAAACCUGAAGACUGUGCGGCUACCCGAAGAGCUCCAGGUGGCUGCACAGUCCAUUAUUCACAAAGCACAAGUGCCACAGCUUCCAGAGCGCGUUCAGAAGCUCACAAACUUUCUUUGGAGCCGGAAGCGAGCGGUUGAAGAUUUGACCCUGAGGCAGAAAGCUGUGAGCCUGGAGAAGGAACUCUGGGAGAAAGCCAUGCAGAAGAUCGGAGAUUUCGAUGAGCAACUGCUCGAGGAUCGCAUCAGGAAGAAAGUGUUGUCUGAGCUCAGAAGAACCACGUAUCGCUGGACUCCCUUGAAGUACGAAGAAGAGCUGGGCGUGGUGUACAUGGCGGCUCGGCUGGCUGGAGGCUAUGCAGCAGUGAGGAGAGCUCUAAAUGAGAUUAAAAAGAGGGAUCCUUCAUUUGCUCCUCACUCCCUCCUGGAUUUCGGCUCCGGCUUAGGAACCGUCGCCUGGGCGUCGCAUUCAUGUUGGGGCGACUCUUUGAAGGAGAUGGUGUGCGUGGACAGCUCUGCACCGAUGAAUGUUUUAGCUGAGCGACUCCUCAAAGGCGACAAUGAAAGAGCCAAACCUCACAUCAGAAAUGUCUAUUUCAGACAAUUUCUUCCCGUCUCUCCAAAGGUGCAGUUUGAUCUGGUGGUUGCAGCUUUUACUCUGUCAGAGCUUCCCAGCGGCGUGGACCGAGAGGAGGCAGUGGUGACUCUGUGGAGGAAGACCAAUUCUUACCUGGUUCUGGUGGAAAAUGGUACCAAAGAGGGUCAUCAGAUGCUGAUGGAGGCCAGAGAGUCUUUAUUAAAGAAACAGGAAAAGGUCCUUCAUGACCCUCGACCAGCAUCCAUGUUUGCACCGUGCCCUCAUGAAAUGGUUUGUCCUAAACUGGCCCAGGAGCCCAUCACACCCUGCAACUUCCAGCAGCGCUACCAUCCUCUACCUCUGCCAGGGAAACAUGAGUGUCAGACAGAGAAGUUCAGCUACUUGAUCCUGAGCCGAACAGAACCAGCAAAGGCAGGAGCAGAAGGUCUGGACUGGGGAAGGCUGAUCGCACCAGUGCUGCGCAGAACCCGACACGUCCACUGCCACAUGUGCCGCUCGGAUGGGCAGCUGCAGCACAUGGUGGUGACGGCACGGAAACACAGCCGAGAUGUGUACCGCUGCGCUCGGAACAGCGAUUGGGGAGAUCAGCUGCCAGUCAUUGAACACGUCAAAGAAGAGGAGAUCGACAGCAACUCGGAGAGAUGAUCCAGAUGGAAACUAGUUAAUUCUGGACUGUUUGGAAACAGAAAUCCCUUCAGAAUCUAAAGGCAGAUCGUCUGCUGUAGUGUUUUACUCCAGGUCUGUUUGCUAAACUACAGGAAGUCUAUAGGUCUCUAUUAAACAUUUACAUAUGUUUGGUUUCCCCAACUGUAGUCCAUAAGUAUUUGGAUGUUGUAUUUUUGUGUCUUACUUUGCAUCAAAUGAAAGUUUAGAAAUGUCAAAAUCAGAGGUGUCAAGUAAAAAAGUACAAAUACUUCAUUAAGUACAA